AAUAUGUAAAAAUUGAAAACAUCAAAAUAAUUCUUGUUUCCUCACAUUUGCGGAUAAAUUAAUUGUGUUGUCUGGUUUUUGUCGGAAACAAAAUACGUUGUGUUGUAGUGGACGAGCAGUGAAACUAAGCAAAGAAUAGUAAAAGUAAUAAGUAAACGUGUAAAAAUUAAAACAACAUUGUGUAAAACGUUUUCGCAAUUGGUUAGCAAUAAAUAAAGUGAAAAGUUGCACAUUAUUUAAGAGAGAGUGGAAAUUGUAUGAAUGGAGCAAAGCGAAGAACUGAACGGCAGUCUGGAGCAUGGCAGCAACGUCAUAGCUUCUGUUCCCAGAGUGAUGGCAACGCGCGACGAUGCAAAUGCAGCAGUAAUUGUGUCAUUCGAGGUUGAACCGAAUUCGCAAUUGCCUACUACGUCGGUGGCUGCAGCAUCAAGUGCAUCAAUAACAACAACAACAAUGGGAGAAAACGAUACCGCAGCUGAUGCCGUAAUCGAUCUAUGCAACACCAGCCCAACCCCUUCGACAUCUAAAACAGCUGCUGCUGCAGCAGCUGCUGCGUCAAUUAUAAAUGUGGAUAGCAGUCCGGAGGAGCAAUCACCUAAUGAUGAAGAUGUUGCAGGACCUUCAGCCGUGAUCGAGUGUCCAAUAUGCUUACAAACAUGUAUACAUCCAGCGCGCCUGCCAUGUGGGCAUAUCUUUUGUUUCCUAUGCGUGAAAGGCGUGGCCUACAAAAAUCGACGUUGUGCUAUGUGUAGACGUGAAAUACCGCCCGAAUUUCUCGACCAUCCCGAUUUGGUGAAUGGUAUCGAUGAUAUUUGCGCUACAAAAUCCACCGAAGACGGUUAUCAGUGGUUCUACGAGGGACGUAAUGGUUGGUGGCAGUACGAUGAUCGUACCAGUCAGGAUAUUGAGGAUGCUUUUAAGAAGGGUGAAAAAUCCUGCAUCAUAUUAGUGGCUGGCUAUGUCUACGUAGUCGAUCUGGAAACAAUGGUGCAACAACGUCAAAAUGAGCCGAGUCGUUGUCGACGUGUUAAACGUGAUCUGGCUACAAUCCCCAAAAAAGGUGUAGCUGGCCUACGUAUCGAAGGCAACACCGUCAUAACCGAUUCGAAUUUCGCUUCACAAAUCUAUCAGCAACAACAGCAACAAAGUAUAGCUGUUGGUCUGGGUGCUUCCAAUACGCCAACAGAUUCCUCUUCCGAUCUCAGUUUACCACUCAAUUAUUAUAGCAUGCGGCAUCCAGCCAAUGCAAGUGAUUUCAUCUCGACCAUAGCCGCCACCGAUGCCGCAAUACGCAUUGCCAGCGACAUAAUUGGCUCAACGUUGGCGCAUGCCGAUGAGUUGUCGCGCAACACCGCCGCAGCAGCAAAUACAGCAUCAGCACAACAACAACAACAACAACACACUGACGAUGUCAAUAACGUACAACGCAUGAGUGGUGAGAAUACAGGGACUUACAGUGGCAGCUGUGCAACAACGGGUAACGGGACGGCUGGUACAUCCACGUCAUCCAGUUUAACGAGCGGCGGCAGCGUUGCCGCUGCGGCGCUUGUAGCGCAUGGUAGUCGCGAGUUGCUUGAUGCAGCUGAAGAUCUGCUGGAUGCGACACAGAAUGUGAUCUCCGAAGCUGAUCAGCAGACAAUCGAUCUGUUUGAGCAGACAUUGAACGAUUUCCAUGCGUUGACAUUACGCAACAUCAUCGACUCGGACAGUGACGAGGACAAUGGUGGUGACGUGGACAGCCGCUACGCUCAGCGUCAUAUACGUUUCUAGAAGUGCGCAGGGAAAUGCGUCAGACGCAAUUGAGCGCCCUUACACACACAGCCAUAUACAUAUAAACCCACAAAAAAACAAAAAAAUUCACAAACUUAUGCACAUAUGUUUGUCAUUGUUGUUUAGGGAGGUGUGCAUUUACAUUAAAAGUAUUCGGCAGGGCGCGUUCUAUAUACUAUUAGUAUAACGGUAGUGUAUGCAACCGACGAAUAAGCGUAAUAGUUACACCAACGUUUGAAUGUAUGUUUAAUCUACCAAUCACUUGAAAACCGAAAAUUCUAAUAUCGUAUAAAAUAACUAUGAAAUAGUGUGGGAUUGCAAAAGUAAAGCUGAAGCAUAAUUGAAUGAAGAGUAAGCAAAUAAAUAUUAGUGUAGGAAAAAAGGCGUUAUUAAUGUAAAUAUAAAUGAAAUUCAGCAACGAGACGGCAUUAAAAACUGUAAGAUAUGUACCUGGUAAACGCAAAUCUGUAAAUUCUAUAUGAGCCUACAUUUUUAAGGUCGGGUUGUUCUAGUUUAGCAAAAACUCACAGAUGAAUAGUUUACAAAAAGCAAAAUGCAAAAUGCAAAAAUGAUAUAAAAGACACUAUAAAACAUUUAAAUGUGACUUAUACCAAAAAGAAACGUCUGGAAAACUCUUCAAAAGCUCAUUAAAAAUAUUCUAAAUAUGUAGCUAACAACUAAAAUUAAAUAUAAUCCUAUAAUGAAAAAUAGUGCAGUUUAGGGAAUAAGAAAAAACGCCAAUUAUCUUAUGUUAUGAAUUAAUGCUUCCGAUAGAUAUUUUCUCCAAAUUAAAUAUAAACUUAUAUAUAUGUAUAUAUAGUUUUUGGAAACAAAUUAGCUCUCGAAACUAUCUUUUGUUUAUUUAUUUAUUUAAGAAAAUCGAUAUUGAGUUUUAACCUCAAAGUUACAAAAAAGUUAAGAAGUUAAUUUAAUUACGAAUGACAUAACGGUUUUCAAUUUGCUUAGUAAUUUUGUGAAUUUGUUACGGUUGUAUACCGACUAAAAGUAGUGAAUAAGAUUAUUUUUGAUGCUUUUCCAUGAUAAGCCUUAUUAUAUACAUUGGUCGAAAAGAAAUGAAGUGAAAAUACUCAUUUUAUAAACAUUAUUGAAGUUUUCAAAAGUCUUAAAUUUUAAAAUUAAUCAUUUGCAAUAUUUUCAAGUCCUUUUAUGCAUUAAUUUUUAGUCACACAAUUCAUUUUAUAGGCCUAUGUCAGUUAUAUAAUGGCGUAACAAGUUAUUUUUUGACAAUAUUUUGCGGAAAUACUGAAAUUUUAAUAGCCUUUUACGUGGAAUUCGAAUUUCACUGACUUAGCCGUAGAAGAAUGACUGUUAUAGAGCACUUAGGCGUUGAAAAAGUUACGUUCAUUAAAGCAUUUUAUAAUUUCUUUGCUAAUAUGAAAAGUAAAAGCGACUAAUUUUUUUAUUAUUCUUGCAAGAUCCAUUCCUUCAAGUAAUUUUUUAUACUGCAAUUUAAUAACUUCAAGGAAAGGCUUUUCAUUCAAAAAGAUUUCUUCAAAAAGUGACUUUUCUAUGACUUAAGUUGGCGUUAGGUUUACAUAAAUUUUUAAAAAACUUCAUUUAAUGAAUUACUUUUAGUUUUCAUUCAAAACUGAAAGCGCUUUUACGCCCGUUACUAAUGAUAAAUAUAUACAUAUAUACAAGCAUUCUACAAAUAUAUACACAAUAAUAUUAGUAAAAAAUACCAAUUUAAUAUAUAUAUAAUGAACACCACUACAUACAUAUAAUAGUUAGCUAUAAAUAUCGUGAUUAUAGUAAUUGCCAAGUGCUUAGUAAGUAGGAAAAAUAUUAGAACUACCAGUAAUGUUAAUACUAAGUGUUAGGUAAUACAAAGAAUGUAUACUUAAUUAGGCCUAAAGCGCUGUACUUACACCUUCUACUCAUAUGAUGACCAAACUUUGUUUGUAUGUAUGUACUCCGACUUUUCUCGCAAAAUGCUUGAACAUUUAUAUGUAUUAUUAUAUUUAAUAUUGUACUAAUAAUUAUAUUAUUUUUUAUUUCCUGGUCAUAGGCGUGAAUCGCUCCUCCCACAUAUUCCUUUCCGUGCAAUGCAUACUCAAAGAUUGUCUCGUCAGUGUAUUGGAAUUUUACAAAUCCUUACUCAU